AUGACUGGCAGAGCCAGGGAGAGUGUGGAGUUAGGCAGAGACACAGAGAGUGUGGAGCUAGUCAGAGACACAGAGAGUGUGGAGCUAGUCAGAGACACAGAGAGUGUGGAGCUAGGCAGAGACACAGAGAGUGUGGAGUUAGUCAGAGACACAGAGAGUGUGGAGCUAGUCAGAGACACAGAGAGUGUGGAGUUAGUCAGAGACACAGAGAGUGUGGAGCUAGUCAGAGACACAGAGAGUGUGGACUUCUCUGAGGCUGAAAAAAAGAGAGAGAAUCAAGAGACACAAACGGGGAAAAACGAAAGGAGGAGGAAGAAGGUGGGCGGCAGUGGGAAGCGUGUGAAUAGUAAAGUUGGUGAAGAUCUUCAUCUACAUGACCAAACAGCCGGAGAGUCGCGUCUGGAGAGAGCCGGAGAGUCGCGUCUGGAGAGAGCCGGAGAGUCGCGUCUGGAGAGAGCCGGAGAGUCGUGUCUGGAGAGAGCCGGAGAGUCGCGUCUGGAGAGAGCCGGAGAGUCGUGUCUGGAGAGAGCCGGAGAGUCGCGUCUGGAGAGAGCCGGAGAGUCGCGUCUGGAGAGAGCCGGAGAGUCGCGUCUGGAGAGAGCCGGAGAGUCGUGUCUGGAGAGAGCCGGAGAGUCAAACAACUCCCCAAACAGCCUGAGAGUCGUCUCAAGCAGCUGUCGCUGUCCCCACACAGUUACCGGACCGCUCCUCACACCUGGUCUACGAAGAGUUCGAUUAUUGACAACGAAUUUACGGAUAAAAAGCACACAAAAACAAGGAGUUCCAUACCCAAAGCUGGUAAAUAAAGUACCAGAGUGCCUCCCACAGUACCAGAGUGCCUCCCACAGUACCAGAGUGCCUCCCACAGUACCAGAGUGCCUCCCACAGUACCAGAGUGCCUCCCACAGUACCAGAGUGCCGCCCACAGUACCAGAGUGCCUCCCACAGUACCAGAGUGCCUCCCACAGUACCAGAGUGCCUCCCACAGUACCAGAGUGCCUCCCACAGUACCAGAGUGCCUCCCACAGUACCAGAGUGCCGCCCACAGUACCAGAGUGCCUCCCACAGUACCAGAGUGCCUCCCACAGUACCAGAGUGCCUCCCACAGUACCAGAGUGCCUCCCACAGUACCAGAGUGCCGCCCACAGUACCAGAGUGCCGCCCACAGUACCAGAGUGCCGCCCACAGUACCAGAGUGCCACCCACAGUACCAGAGUGCCACCCACAGUACCAGAGUGCCACCCACAGUACCAGAGUGCCGCCCACAGUACCAGAGUGCCACCCACAGUACCAGAGUGCCACCCACAGUACCAGAGUGCCACCCACAGUACCAGAGUGCCGCCCACAGUACCAGAGUGCCGCCCACAGUACCAGAGUGCCGCCCACAGUACCAGAGUGCCGCCCACAGUACCAGAGUGCCGCCCACAGUACCAGAGUGCCGCCCACAGUACCAGAGUGCCACCCACAGUACCAGAGUGCCACCCACAGUACCAGAGUGCCACCCACAGUACCAGAGUGCCACCCACAGUACCAGAGUGCCACCCACAGUACCAGAGUGCCGCCCACAGUACCAGAGUGCCACCCACAGUACCAGAGUGCCGCCCACAGUACCAGAGUGCCACCCACAGUACCAGAGUGCCGCCCACAGUACCAGAGUGCCACCCACAGUACCAGAGUGCCGCCCACAGUACCAGAGUGCCACCCACAGUACCAGAGUGCCACCCACAGUACCAGAGUGCCACCCACAGUACCAGAGUGCCGCCCACAGUACCAGAGUGCCGCCCACAGUACCAGAGUACCACCCACAGUACCAGAGUGCCACCCACAGUACCAGAGUGCCGCCCACAGUACCAGAGUGCCGCCCACAGUACCAGAGUGCCGCCCACAGUACCAGAGUGCCGCCCACAGUACCAGAGUGCCGCCCACAGUACCAGAGUGCCACCCACAGUACCAGAGUGCCACCCACAGUACCAGAGUGCCGAUGGCAGGAGCAAGGUCCUGAGGGGCGCGGCACUCAGAGUUUGA